AGAACAUCAAUUGAACUCAAUUGAGGAAGAGAUUGGAACUCGAAACUAACAUGACUGACGAGGUGAGACCAAAUAAGAUGAGGAAGCUGGGCCAUUUGAUGGAAGAGGAGGACCCGGCGGCCAGCGUGGGCGUCACUCCAGCAUACACAACGCCAGUUGAUUCUCCGGCUCCGAUAACAACAGAAGACGUCAAUGCUAUGGACUCUGACGCUGGAUCCUCGAAAUUGAGAAACCGGUACCUGGACCUAGAGGAAGCAGCAGCAAGUGUAGGCGUGACGCCCUCAUACACAUCUCCCGUGGACUCUCCAGUCCCAACAGAAGCCAGCGAAGCUGCAGAUUCCGACGCAAGGCCAGCAAAACUACGCAAACUAGCCCACCUCCAAGAAGACGCUGCAGCAAGCGUCGGCGUCACACCAUCCUACACAUCGCCCAUCGACUCCCCCGGUCCCGUGACCACAACCAACAGCGAGUCCGCCAUCACCGCCGACGAAGCGAGCGGCAGCACCAUCUCGGAGGCCAAAAUCUCCAAAAACCAGCUCAAAAAGCAGCGCCGCCACGAGCGCUGGGAGUCCGGCCGCGAAGACCGCAAACUCAAGCGCAAAGAAAAGGCCAAGGAGAGAAAGGAACGCCGCCGUGAAGCAUGGGCCGCUGAGCACCAGCCCGAUGAGAACGGUGAGAUCCCGAAACUUCCGUCGAAUCGCCCGAGCCGUAACACGCCGGGAAGUGGCACGCAGGUUCCUAUCACGGUGGUGUUUGAUUGCGAUUGGGAGGAUCUGAUGUUCGAUGCGGAGCUGAAGAGUCUGGGGUUGCAGAUCACGAGGUGCUAUUCUGAUAACCGGAAAGCGGCGUUUAGGACGCAUUUGGCGAUUAGUAGUUGGGGAGGCAAGAUGAAAGAGCGAUUCGAGGGCAUUUUGGGGAAUCAGCACACGAGCUGGAAGGGGUUCAAAUUCUUCGAGGAGGAUUUUGUCGAGGUCAGUAAGAAGAGUCGCGAGUGGAUGACUGGUCCUAGAGGUGGCGUUGUCGCUGGCGCUAUGAAGUCUGCUGUGAACGAGGAUGGUGGAGGCGAGGCGGAGCAAGCGGAGGAUAAGCCGAGUGACGAGGAAGGCGAGAUCAUUUACCUCUCUUCGGAGUCUGACAACGUCCUUACAACACUCAAACCAAACAGCACAUACAUCAUUGGCGGGCUUGUUGAUAAGAACAGGCACAAGGGUGUCUGCCACAAGCGUGCUGUAGAGCGAGGUAUCAAGACUGCGAAACUGCCCAUUGGCGAGUUCUUGGAGAUGAAGAGCAGGCAGGUGCUUGUCACGAAUCACGUGCUGGAGAUUAUGCUCAAGUGGUUGGAGUUUGGGGACUGGGGUAAGGCGUUCAUGGCUGUGCUGCCAGAGAGGAAGGGUGCGAAGUUGAAGGACGAAGAGGGUAAGGCGACUGAGAGCCCUGAGGGCGAGGAGCAGGGUGACCAGGAGAUGGGCGAUGCUGUGCAAGAGACGGACUUUGCUGCAGCGCUGGUGGCCGAGGAGACGGCGGCGGAAACGGCGCAGGUCGCGGCGGCUACGGCUACAGCAGCGGUGCAGGAAGACGCGGCUCAGUAGGCGCAAGCGAAACAGGCAAUGCGUUGUUACGAAC